ACCAUGUUGGAAAGCAGACUUCAAACUCAGCAGAGGAGCAGCCGCAAUGGCCGGGAGACCAGCCUGUCGUCCUCAGGCUUUGGGAUGAAGCUGGAGGCCGUCACCCCAUUCCUGGGGAAGUAUCGUCCCUUUGUGGGUCGCUGCUGCCAGACCUGUACCCCCAAGAGCUGGGAGUCCCUCUUUCACAGAAGCAUAAUGGAUCUAGGCUUCUGCAGUGUGAUCCUGGUGAAGGAGGAGAACACCAGGUUCCGGGGUUGGCUGGUUCGGAGGCUCUGCUAUUUUCUGUGGUCCCUAGAGCAGCACAUACCCUCCUUCCAGGAUACAUCCCAGAAGAUUGUGGAAAGCACUGGGGUACAGAAAAUUCUUUUAGGGAAGACCCCAGGAGGAGCCGGAGAAGGCCAGGUGUCUGAUCUUGUGAAGAAAGAGGUGCAGCGCAUCCUGGGCCAUAUCCAGGCCUCACCCCGGCCUUUCCUGCUCAGGAACUUUGCUGCUGCACUUACCCCCUUCCCUUCUUGUGCUGGGUUUUGGCUUCCUGUGGCUUCAGGGUCGGGGCAGAUUGGCACUUCCCUCUGGCUCUCCCCGGAGCAGGGCUUGCCUCUCGUCCUCCUCUCUACUCACAAGUCCCUACUGGAUGGGCUCCUGCUGCCCUUCGUGCUGCUGUCCCAGGGCCUAGGUGUGCUCCGUGUGGCUUGGGAUCCCCAUGCCUGCUCCCCUGCCCUCAGAGCUCUGCUGAGGAAGCUUGGAGGACUUUUCAUGCCCCCAGAGGCCAACCUCUCCCUAGACAGCUCUGAGGGGGUCCUUGCAAGGACUGUGACCUAUGCAGUCAUGGAACAGCUGCUCAUCAGUGGGCAGCCCCUGCUCAUCUUCUUGGAGGAGUCCCCUGGGGUCCAGGGGCCACGGCUAUCAGCCCUGGGCCAGGCCUGGCUGGGACUAGUGGUACAGGCGGUCCAGGGGGGCAUUGUCCCAGAUGCUAUGCUGGUGCCAGUGGCUAUAACCUAUGACCUGGUCCCAGAUGCACCACAUGAAAUAUAUCAUGCCUCAGUUCCCCUGGGGCUAUGGACGGGAGCUCUGGCUGUCCUGCGGAGCCUGCGCAGCUGUUGGGGCUGCAGUCCCCGGGUCUGUGUCCGAGUGCACCUAGCCCAGCCCUUCUCCCUGCAGGAAUACACCAUCAAUGCCAGGAGUUGCUGGGGCAGCAGGCAGACCCUGGAGCAGUUGCUGCAACCCAUCGUUCUAGGCCAGUGUACUGCUGUCCCAGACACUGAGAAGGAGCAGGAGUGGACCCCUGUAACUGGGCCCCUUCUGGCCCUCAGGGAAGAGGACCAGCUCCUGGUCAGGAGACUGAGCCGUCACAUCCUGAACGCCAGCGUGGCAAGCUCAGCGGUGAUGAGCACAGCCAUCAUGGCAACACUGCUGCUGUUCAAACACCAGAAGGGCGUGUUCUUGUCGAGACUCUUGGGGGAGUUCUCCUGGCUGACAGAGGAAACUCUGCUACGUGGCUUUGAUGUGGGCUUCUCAGGACAGCUGCGGUGUCUGGUGCAACACACGCUGAUCCUGCUGCGAGCACAUGUGGCCUUGCUGCGUGUCCACCAAGGGGACUUGUUGGUGGUGCCACGGCCUGGCCCAGGCAUCACACACUUGGCACGCCUGAGUGCUGAGCUGCUGCCUGCCUUCCUAAGCGAGGCUGUGGGUGCCUGUGCUGUGCGGGCGCUGCUGGCAGGCAGAGUGCCACCCGAGGGGCCCUGGGAGCUGCAGGGCGUAGAGCUCCUGAGCCAGAAUGAGCUGUACCGCCAGAUCCUGCUGCUGCUACAUUUGCUGCCACAGGACCUGCUGCUGCUGCAGCCCUGUCAGUCUUCCUAUUGCUACUGUCAGGAGGUGCUGGACCGUCUGAUCCAAUGUGGGCUCCUGGUUGCUGAGGAGACCCCAGGCUCCCGGCCAGCCUGUGACACAGGGCGACAGCGUUUGAGUGCAAAGCUGCUGUGGAAACCAAGUGGGGACUUUACUGAUAGUGACAGUGAUGACUUCGAGGAGGCUGAGGGCCGGUACUUCAGGCUCAGCCAGCAGUCACGCUGCCCGGACUUCUUCCUCUUCCUCUGCCGCCUGCUCAGCCCACUGCUCAAGGCCUUUGCACAGGCUGCCUCCUUCCUCCACCAGGGCCAGCUGCCAGAUACUGAGUCAGGCUACACAGAGCAGCUGUUCCAGUUCUUGCAGGCUACUGCCCAGGAAGAAGGUAUCUUUGAGUGUGUGGACCCAAAUCUUGCCAUCAGUGCUAUCUGGACCUUCAGAGACCUAGGGGUUCUGCAACAAACACCCAGCCCUGCAGGCCCCAGGCUCCACCUGUCUCCUACUUUUGCUAGCCGGGACAAUCAGGACAAGCUGGAACAGUUCAUCCGGCAGUUCAUCUGUAGCUAGAACUGUAAAGUGGAAUCUAUGCUGAGACUCCUUAGCCCCAGAAUGUGGCUGUGUCCUACAGCCAGAAGAGACUACAGACCCUUAGCUGGACUAUAAAGUCUUUGAGAAUUGACUUUCCCUUGCUGUCUCUUGCUUUCUUCAUUGUAUGAUAAACAAGGGGACUGGAUGAGUCAUCUUUU